AUGGAAUUAUUGGUACCUAUCAACAAUCAUCAGUUCUCUUGGCUCAAUCAUGCCAAGGAAUCAGUUUACACCUUACCUAAUAUCAGCAUAUCCGCCUUUACUACCAGCGACCCCGAAACUUGGUUCUUGCCCGAAGAGUUACAUGAUGAUGAUGCAGGAGAUGAUGAUGACAUGCAGGUAGACACUGGCUAUGCUUGUAGCCCAUUUGAGGCCGAAGACAAUUAUGACCUCCUAAUCCGACAAUUGCCGCCACCCUCUUAUGCUCAGCCUUCGGGAGCACACUUCGAGCCACACCAUGAGUACCAGUCCUAUCAACAACACAACGAGCCUGAACUCGAGUAUCCUCUUGAUAUAUACGCUCAGCUUGCUGCCUUGCGCCUCCAGGGCAACUGA